AAAAGCUCAUAAUUCCAAUUGUGCAUCCAUAAUUUCAUGGCCUCCAUUCUUGUUGAUGAAAGAAUUGAACCUUGUUUUCCCCUUUUUGAAGAGUAAAUUUUAAUAUUGGGGCUUGGAAAUAUGUUGAGCAGCAUUGACCUGCAUAUUUUGAUAAGAUGCAGGGUUGGGAUUAUACUGGUCUAGGAUACACAAGUUACAAUGCCCGGGAUGUAAACAAAGAUAGUUUAGGGUAAGAACAUACUUAAUGAGAAAAAGGUGAUCUUUGUAAUCUCUUUGUCACUAAUGGACAUGCUGGUUUUGGACUAUGGAAUUCCGGUGUGUGGUGGAGAACAAGGUACUUCUGAGUUCUCUAUUGUCAUGCAUGCAGGAUACAGAUUCACCAAAGAAAAUUUACGCUUCAAGAUUAGCCUCAAUGACCAUUUUGCCAAAUUUUUCAUCCGUGGGAACAGAUAGCAUAUCAUCACCAUCGGCAUUGUUGAGUCAAGGGCGUUUAGCAAAGCUGGAACUGAGUGAGGGAAAUAGCCUGUAUGCAAAGUUGGUGGUCGGAGCUGAUGGAGGCAAGUCAUGAGUCAGGGAGUUGGGAGGGUUUAGAACAACUGGGUGGAACCAUUCACAGAAUGCUGUAAUCUGUACUGUAGAGCAUGAUGUGGAAAACAAGUGUGCAUGGCAGAGGUUUUUACCUGCUGGUCCGUUUGCACUUUUGCCAAUAGGUGAUAAGUUUAGCAAUAUUGUUUGGACUAUGAAUCCAAAAGAGUCAUCAGAAUUCAUAUCUAUGAGUGAGGAUGACUUUCUGAAAGCUGUAAAUCAUGCUCUGGAUUAUGGAUAUGGUCCCCAUCCUACGUCAAGUUUGUUGGGUAAUACUGAUGUUUUGAAGUUCCACCAAAAGCAGUCAAGUUGGUUUCUGAAAGAAUGGUUUUUCCAUUGUCUUUAAUGCAUGCUGAUGACUAUGCAGCAAGGCGUGUUGUUCUAAUUGGUGAUGCAGCACAUAUUGUUCAUCCUUUCGCUGGUCAAGGAGUUAAUAUGGGUUUUGGAGAUGCAUCAGCUCUUUCAAGAAUCAUUGCAGAGGGUGUUGCAGUAGGCACGGGCAUUGGGGAGGUAUGAAUGUUGAAGAAAUAUGAAGCAGAGAGAAAAGCGGCAAAUAUUACAAUGAUAGCAGUCCUGGAUGGUUUUCAGAAGGCAUACUCUCUUGAUUUUGGUCCUCAAUAUUUUACGAGCUGCUGCUUUUCAUUGCGCUCAUUGUAUUUCACCACUGAAGAAGAGUAUCAUUUCGUUUGCCUCAGGGGAGCAAAGAUUGCCAUUAUUUUCUUAAGGACCUGCUUAAUUUUAAAAAUGAGUUCGAGUGACCACACAGCCAUAGAUUACUAACACAAUAAAUUGAGGUUAUACUC